GGCCAUGUGACUGCAGGGCCAAUAUGGCUGCGCCCGCUCGCGGACCGACUGGUGGGAGCCGCGCGGGGCUUAGGCUGGUCCUCGUGCUGCAGCUGCUGCUGCUGCUGCGGCCUCGCGGGGCGGCGGCGGGGGGCGACGAGACCGGAGUGGCGACCCCCACGGGCGCCUGCGGCUGCGGCACCCCUCAGCGGCCCGGGGCUCAGGGCAGCACGGCGGCUGCUCACCGCUACUCCUGGGAGGCGAAUGCCCCGGGCCCCGACCCUGACCCCGGCCCCGACCCGAGCCCAGACCCUCGGCCGCAGCCUGCCAAGAUGGUGCCCCUCCCCGCGGGCCUCUUCACCAUGGGCACAGACGAGCCGCAGAUCCGGCAGGAUGGGGAGGCGCCUGCCCGAAGGGUGGCUGUGGACGCCUUCUACAUGGAUGCCUUCGAGGUCAGCAACGCAGACUUCCAGAAGUUUGUGAACGCCACAGGCUAUGUGACAGAGGCAGAGAAGUUUGGCGACUCCUUUGUCUUCGAGGGCAUGCUGAGUGAGCAUGUGAAGAUGGGCAUCAACCAGGCCGUCGCAGCUGCUCCCUGGUGGUUACCUGUGAAAGGUGCUAAUUGGAGGCACCCUGAAGGUCCCGACUCCACUGUCCUGCACAGGCUGGACCACCCGGUGCUCCACGUGUCGUGGAACGAUGCCGUGGCCUACUGCACAUGGGCAGGGAAGCGGCUGCCCACCGAGGCUGAGUGGGAAUACGCCUGCCGCGGAGGCCUGGAGAACAGGCUCUUCCCCUGGGGCAACAAGCUACAGCCGAGGGGCCAGCACUAUGCCAAUCUCUGGCAGGGCAAGUUCCCAGCCUCCAACACUGGUGAAGAUGGCUUCCGGGGGACUGCACCUGUGGACGCCUUCCCUCCCAAUGCCUAUGGCUUGUACAACAUGGUGGGCAAUGCCUGGGAGUGGACCUGGGACUGGUGGGCUGUGCACCACUCGACCGAGGAGACACUGAACCCGAAAGGGCCCCCUUCUGGGAAGGACCGUGUGAAGAAAGGAGGCUCUUACAUGUGCCACAAGGAAAGUCAGUUGAUGUGGAGUCAGAAAGGGUGGCUGGGAAAUGGAAAGACAUGAGUUCUAGUAUUCCUACUGCUACAGGUACCGCUGUGCCGCCCGCAGCCAGAACACUCCGGACAGCUCCGCCUCCAACCUGGGCUUCCGCUGCGCAGCUGACCUCCUGCCAGGUGCUGGCUGAGCUGGAGCGCCCCAGCGCCCCUCCACGCCAAACACCCUCAUGCAGACUCCCUCCCUUGCUUGCCCCAUGGCCAGAGAACCUACCUCCUCGUGGGGACCAGAGCGAGUCAGCUGCCCUGGGGUGGAGGUUGGGGGGUGCCUCGGCCACCCUCAUCUCCGGCUCCCUCUUUUCAAAGUGGCUGGAGUGGGUGGUGCCCCCAGAACAAGGAUUACAGAUUCCCGGGGUCCCCUGUGUCCUGGUGUGUGGGUGAUGCUGUGCCCCUCACUCCGAGGCCCCAGUCUCCUCCCACCCUGUGAGUAAACAGAUAGUAUGGUGA